AUGAAGUCCUGCCUACAAGCAGUGGUGGUCUGGGGGAAGAAGGCCCCUCCCCAUAGCAUCACUGCCAUCAUGAUCACUGACGACCAGCAAACCAUUGUGACAGGGAGUCAGGAGGGCCAACUGUGCCUUUGGAAUCUGUCACCUGAAUUAAAGAUUUCAGCUAAAGAACUUCUAUUUGCUCAUUCAGCUUCAGUGACAUGCUUGGCAAAAGCAAGAGACUUCUCUAAACAGCCUUAUGUUGUUAGUGCUUCUGAAAAUGGGGAGAUGUGUGUUUGGAAUGUCACCAAUGGACAAUGCGUGGAGAAAGCCACACUUCCUUACAGACACUCUGUGAUUUGUUAUUACCACUGUUCUUUCCGGAUGACAGGAGAAGGCUGGCUUCUCUGUUGUGGAGAAUAUCAGGAUGUUCUUAUCAUUGAUGCCAAAACCUUGGCUGUUGUUCAUAAUUUCUCAUCAUCUCAGUCACCAGAUUGGAUCAACUGCAUGUGCAUUGUUCACUCCAUGAGAAUUCAAGAGGACUCUCUUUUGGUGGUAUCAGUAGCUGGUGAGCUCAAAGUAUGGGAUCUCUCUUCAUCUAUUAACACCAUUCAGGAAAAGCAAGAUGUCUAUGAAAAGGAAUCGAAAUAUCUUGACUCCCAGAACUGCCGGACAAUACGAUUUUGCACAUAUACAGAGCGACUUCUUUUGGUUGUAUUUUCUAAGUGCUGGAAGGUUUAUGAUUAUUGUGAUUUUACCCUUCUGUGGACUGAAGUUAGUAAGAGCGGACAAUUGUUUGCUGGUGGCGAGGUGCUUGCUGCUCACAGAAUCAUCAUUUGGACAGAAGAUGGUCACAGUAAUAUCUAUCAGCUGCUGAACAGUGGGCUUUCAAAAAGCAUAUACCCUGCUGAUGGAAGAGUGCUUAAGGAGACCAUUUAUCCUCAUUUACUCUGCUCCACUUCUGUGCAGGAAAAUAAGAGUCUUCCUUUUGUUAUGGGCUACAUGAAUGAAAGGAAAGAGCCUUUUUAUAAGGUACUAUUCUCUGGAGAAGUAUCAGGAAGAAUUACUUUGUGGCACAUCCCUGAUGUUCCUGUCUCCAAGUUUGAUGGUUCUCCUCAAGAGAUACCAAUAACUACCACCUGGACCCUUCAAGAUAAUUUUGAUAAGCAUCAAACUGUGUUACAAAGCACUAUUGAUCACAUCUUCAGAUUUAAAGAUGAAGCAGGAACUGUGACUAUCACAUCUUCUGAGUAUAUUCCAGAUCUUGAUAAACUCAUAUGUGGCUGUGCAGAUGGGACAAUUUUCAUUACAAAGGCUUUGAAUGCUGCUAUAGCAGGACUUCUAGAAGGUGGCCCUUUAUUAAAAGAUUCCCUUUCUUAUAAAGUUCUGAAAGGUCACCAGCAAAGUGUUACUUCAUUACUUUAUCCACAUGGUCUUUCUUCAAAAUUAGACCAAAGUUGGUUGCUGUCUGGGGACCAAGAUUCAUGUGUCAUCUUGUGGGACAUCUUUACUGAAGAAAUUCUGCAUCGGUUCGUUUUGGAAGCUGGUCCAAUAACAAAUCUUUUGAUGUCACCAGAGAAUUUCAAAUUGAGAGGUGAUCAGAUAAUUUGCUGUGUGUGCAAUGACCAUUCUGUGGCUCUCCUUCAUCUCAAGGAGAAGAAGUGCCUUCUAAGAGCCCGGAAACACCUUUUCCCUGUAAAAAAAAUAAAAUGGCACCCAGUUGAGAAUUUUUUAAUUGUUGGAUGUGCAGAUGACUCUGUUUAUAUCUGGGAAAUUGAAACAGGCACUUUGGAAAGGCAUGAAACAGGAGAAAGAGCAAGAAUCAUCCUUAAUUGCUGUGAAGAGUCACAGCUUCUAAAGUCUGUGUCUAUAUUUCCAAUUGCUUCAGAGACACAUAAACACAAAAGUUUAGAACCAACUUCCUCCAGCUCCUACCAGUUUGGUCCAAUACCUAGCUGUGGUCUUCAGGUGGAGUCUUCAUGCAAGGUGAAUGAUGCUCAGUCCUUCCCAGGACCUUUUACUGUCUUGCCUGUGAAGACAACAUGGAGUGACAUUAACUCUCAUAUCCUUUUAUUUGAUCUGGAAAGCCUUAUUGAACUUAUGCUGCCAACUCAAAUCUGUGAUGUUGACCCUUCCAAUUCAUUCUAUGGCACUGAGAUUCUGCGAAGAGCCAGAAGCACUGUGGAGAAGAAAACAUUGACUCUGAAGAGAAAUAAAACUGCCAGUGGUCCUCUCUCAGCAGAGGCUCCAGCCAAGACUGUUAAUGAAAACCCAGUCCAAGGAGAUAAUACCAUCAAAUUCUUUGACGAAAAUGAUGGCAUUAAAAGGCACAAGAAAAUGAAGAGCUCCAAAAAGACACAUCCUAAACCUUUCAGAAAAGUUGAUGCCAACCUCAUGAUAGACACAGCAAAAUUGCUCCUAUCUUGCCUUUUGCCAUGGGGGGUGGAUAAAGAAUUAGAUAAUCUUUGCAUUAAGCAUCUUAAUAUUUUAAAGCUCCAGGGUCCUAUUUCUUUAGGACUUGCUUCAAAUGAAAAUCAAUUCUCAUUGAUGCUGCCAGGUUGGGAUUUAAGCAAUGGGGAAGUGAAAAAAGAAUAUUCAAAAGUAAAUUUAUUUUCCAGUAAAGUUUUGGACUUGUCAAAUAAAUAUAAAUUGACAUUUUUUAGCCAAGCAGGAAUGCCAAGAGGAUUGGAAAAUAAUUGUGAUUCUUUGCAAGAGUCAAAUACUAUCAUUUAUUUAUUGAACAGACUAUUUUUAGUUAAUAAAUUAGUUAACAUGCCCUUAGAAUCUUCAGGUGGAACUGAAAGUUCUUUCAAAGUGGAAUCUGUGUAUUAUAACAAGGCAAAAAGUUCUGACAACUUGACAAUCUUGACGAAUUCAAGCUUCUACGGUUACUUACGAAAUGGGAAGAAUGAAACCCAGAUUUCUGAAACUGAUAUAUUACUUUUGAAGCUAAUUUCCUGUUGGAGAGAUCAAUCUGUGCAGGUAACUGAAGCAAUACAAGCUGUUCUCUUGGCUGAAGUUCAGCAGCAUAUGAAGACUUUGAGAAGGACAGUAGUUAGUAGUCAACCAGAAUCCCUGGCAGAGAAUGAGAAUUCUCCAGUCAGUCCGGUGAAGCAUGACAGCAACUUAAACUCAGCAAACUUUCAAGACACCGAGGACAUGCCUGACAGAUGUGUCUUGGAAGAGUCCAGGACUCCAGGUGAGUCAAGACAUCACUCAUGGAUAGCAAAGGUGUGCUUCUGUAAAGUGUGCUGA